AAAAAUGUUCGCUCCAAAUACUCCCGACCCUGCGAUGCUUGUUCGCUCCGAAAAGUUAAGUGUGACUUAAAACAACCCAGUUGCACCAGGUGUUUGGAACAUGGAUUGCCAUGUACCAACAAUAGAGUGCGUAAAAAAUGUGGUCCUAAGCACAUCCAUAGCAAAACUCGCGAGUCUAUUCUCGAGAUGUCUGGAUCCACCCAACGGUACUAUGUUCCGUUGAUAUCGCUCAAGCACUUACUUCCCUGUCUCCAGGUCUACCAGACAUGGUUCUACGGUGUUUGGCCCGUAGUUUCUGUAGCUUACUUGAUGUCCAAAGUCGUCCUGACUCCAGGAGCUGCCUACUCGUUGAGCUGUGCUGUCUCAGCUGCCAUAAUCGUCCAGGUGACGUUUUUGUCGUCUUCGAGCGCAAAGAUGAUGAACCUCCCCGAGGACGUCAAACACCUGACCUACGCCAAUGAGGCCAUACGAGCUAGAGACGCCAUAAACUACAGAUUGCAUCCCAGUCCAGAGACGUUGUUGACAUCAUUCUUUCUUCAUGCCUAUUAUAUUAACAUCAAGGGUGGUGCGCCAGCAGCCAUAGUCUAUUUGCGCGAAGCCAUCUCCAUAGCCCAGAUAUUGGGCCUCCAUAACUCGAACACCUUUAUAGGUAAGCUGUUGGCGGAAGUGCACCGUUUGCGUAAAAUCUACUAUUUGUUGUUGGUGACCGAACGUUUCAUAUGUAUAGAAGACGACAUACCCGUAAUUUUAGAACCUAGCAUUCCAUUCCCAUCAUUAGAAGAUGAGGAAUACUCGUCAUUGUUGACGGGAUUUACGGAACUAGUAAAAGUUUUUGCCAUUCCCGAUAAAAAGUUCUUUGACAAGUUCAUGACCUUGAAGAUGAACGAGAAUGAAUAUGCCAGUUUCCCUUCUCAAACUUGGAUAAUCAAUGUCCAGCAGCAAUUGGAAAGUAUUCGAGUUCUUCUGGAAACUCUAAGUAUACAAAAGUUGAACAUCUUACUAAGCAAGUACUGGAUGAAAUCUCUCACAUGGAAUAUCUCCAGAAAGAACAAUCUACUUCUUUCCAAAGCAUCCACAGACAACACAAAUUCCAGUUUGUCCACAGACUAUCCCUUUGUCAUGGCCAAGGACUUUUUGAGCGAAAGCAAGGACUUGCCCUUAUUUGCUUUCGAAUCAAAUGGACCUGGUGUAUGUAUAAAGUUACUUGAACUUGGCAAUAGUCUCGCUGAUUCUAUUUCUCUAACCAGGGACUAUAGUGGAUUUGAAUAUCUUUCAUCAAUCUUUGCCUUGGUUUCAAAAUUGAAGAAUGAUAUUACUUUGCCAUUGCAUUUAUACCAGAAGAUUGAGAAUAUGUUG